UUACCGUUGAAACUGUUAAGCUAAUUGUUGCCUGGGCAGAAACUCCUUACUGUCUGUUUUUGAACUCAGUAGGACACAUGAGAAUAAUUUAUACAGACUACGUCGCGGUUAAAAAUGCGGUCGACCUGUAAAGGUGUAUCAUUCGCUGGUUCUGGGCGACGAGGUGAGGUGCCGAGGUCAGCGAGAAAAAGAAACGGUCACAAAGAGGCAGAAUACGAGGAGGGAGAACGAGAAGGGCCCGGGGUUCAGGAGUGGCACGACGGAUCCAGAUAUGAGGGAGAGUUUGUGAACGGACUGAAACACGGCAAAGGAAGGUACACCUGUGGAAAUGGAGAGUACUAUGAAGGACUUUUCUACAAAGACUUCAGGCAUGGUGAUGCUGUGUACUGCUGGCCCUCUGGCCACAAGUUCAUCGGCAAGUUUUACCUCAACAGAAGAGAGGGAUUCGGAAAGCAAUUGUUUCCUGAUGGAUCUACUUUUCAGGGUUUGUAUCAUGCAGACCAGAGGUUUGGUCCAGGUGUGCUCAGUGAUCCAGAUGGUACUGAGGAUGUGGGUCUGUGGCUUGGAAACCAACUGCUUAAGAUAUGUUCUUCAGUAAAACAGGGUUUCAGCCUGAAGUGCUUUCCUGAAUAUGCUACCUACAUGGACCAGGCUAACAGCCUAAAUUCCCUCAUUCAGGCACCUUUUGGUUAUCCUCAGACAGAACCAAUGGCAAACUGUGAGGUGGAUAGCGACACAGAUCUGCAGCUAGAUGAUGAUUUUAUCCUCCCCCCAGGAAUUGAGCAUUACUCCACAGAUGCAGACCACUUGCCGUUGCCCCCUGGAAGAAGAAGAGAGUUGGAUAAACUCUUUUAUGGUGAUAUGUGGGAACCAGAUCCUUACAAAGGCUAUAAGCGAUUCCCACUCUCCGAUGUACCCUUACAACCCCGCAUGCAGGCCAUCAUACACAAACACUGGAAACUGGCCAAAAAUGUGGACUGGGAUGUAGCAGCUGUUCUUUCUUUGAACAGAGAAGGUUUUGGUCCAAAAGGGCAUUUGGAAGUGAGCUCAGAGAAGUGGAUCCAGCAUGCUUCCAAAGGGAAUCGGGAAGCUAUGGUGCAGAUGCUGUUGACCAGAUUGAUCCACCCUGAUGUUUCAGAUUCACAAGGACACACUGCACUGAUCGCUGCAACGAUAAACUGCCAAAAUAAAGUGAUCCCCCUGUUGCUGGAUCUGGGUGUUGAUAUUGACAAGUUGAACCAUGAGGGCAUGUCUGCACUGGCUGUUUGCCAUGUGCUCUACUAUUCCCAGUCUCUGUGCACCACUUCUACCAAACUGACUACAAAAACACAAACUUGUGAGAGUAGCCCUCAGAUCAGCCAAGUGGACUUCACUGCAAAUUUGCUCAAGUUUAGCAGCAGACCUCAGAUCCCUGGCACAACCCUGAACGAGAUCAACCAGAGUCCCCUCCCUGAACAUGAUGACAAAGAGGUCAUACCUGAGCAGAAUAAACCUGCAACCCUUGCAGACACUGAACACCUGCAAAAUAAACAGACAUGUGAAAAAGAAGAGGAGGAAGAAGGGGGAAGAGAGUGUAAGAAAACAAUUGGAGGAGGUGUUAGAGAUGCAGAAGGACAGAAUGAGAAGGAUAAUGAGAGGGAGAGCAAAUGGGAGGAAAGAGAAAAGGAGACUGGAUGUGACCAAACAGAGGCAAAUGAAAGCAAGGUUGGAGAGAGGGAAGUAGAAUUUGAGGAGAAAAAUACGGAUGACAGCAAUUCUGAGCUUGUUGAGAGGAAAGAACCAGAUGAUCUUCAGGAAAAUUUGGAAAGGAGAGGAGAAAUUAUUCAUGAAGAGAGUGGAUCAGAGAGAAGUGAGAGUGUUCAAAGCAACAAACAGAAGCAAUGUGAAGUUGAGACUGAAGAGGGAGUUCAGCACAACAAAAAUGAACUGAUCCAUACACCAACCACUGAUGACACCUGCUCUGUAAGCAGGUACAACAUCCAUGUUAGGGAGGAUGUGAUACAGCACUCAACAGGGAUACUGAAUCCUCCACAGUGCUAUGAGACAGAGAGUACUAUACAGGAAAUGUCUGGAAUGAAAAUGAGGAACAAUCAUUUGACCACCCUAAAGCUGUUAUUGGAUAGAGGAGCUGAUCCCAAUGCAAGCAGGGUUCCAAUGCCUGUCCUCUUUUUAGCCAUCAUGGCGGAGGAUACUGAAGCCGUCAGGAGACUGCUGCUGUGUGGAGCUCGCACUGAUGUUCCCCUACCAGAUGAGAAUAAAGGCCUGUAUCCCCUGCAUGUUGCUGCUGCGCUAACAGGCCCGGUUGGUCCUGAAAUCACAGAGUUGCUGCUCCAUGCUGUUGCUGACCCAGAUGCACAAGCAUGCGACCAAGAUGAGAUCUAUGAACCAGAUAAAGCUGAUAACCCACUGAGCACUAAUGAGAACCAUGUCAAAGCUGGAGGUCGGACAGCGCUGCACAUGGCCUGCCAAAAGGAAGGUGACUACAUGAAUGCCAGUAAAGUUGUAGCCCUCCUGCUUGCCCAUGGUGCCAGAACAGAUCUCAUCUGGAGUGGGCACUCACCUCUCUCCCUUGCUAUAGCAUCAGGGAAUGACCUGGCAGUGGAGGAGCUUCUGAAAGGAGGAGCUGACCCAAAUCUCCCCCUUGGCCGUAAGGUUGGCAGCGCCCUCUGUGCCCUCGCCAAUUUCAGCUACCACCUAAGAGGCAACAGAGACAAACUGUUGGGCAUGUUGGUCAAGGCUGGCGUGGACAUCUUGAUGCCAGUUAAGGUGGGUGAAGUUGUGGGAUAUGCGGUGGACUAUGCACAUCACUCCUUCAACCAGGACUUGCGUAUUGCCCGCACUCCCUUUCAUGUUCUGAGCAUACAAGAGAGGGAAACAUUGAAAGCACGCCGCUUGCUGCUGAGCAUGAUGGGAGAUCUGAUGAGACAGACUGCUUGCCAAAAGAAAUCGGAACAAGCACAGCUCAAGUUGAACAGAGCAAGAGUUGUUUCCUCAAAGGAGCCCCCUCCAAGCAGUGAAGGUCCAGAGUUUAAGUUCUGCUAUCAAUGUGGCCGCUCUGUGUUUGUGAAGCUGACUGCCUGCAGCCGCUGCCACAAGGUCCUCUAUUGCUCCAGAAACUGCAAACUAGAAGCGUGGGAUGAACGACACAAACAGGAGUGUACCCGAGUCUCAGCCUCUGCUGAUGCCACUCAGAAGAUCGUUGUGUUUAAAUCCCAAGGAGGCCCCAGGCCCCUGACUGCCACACUGAAACUCAAAACAGUCCCCAAACCCUUGAUGAUGGAGUUGAAAUCCCAGAGACUCUCUAAGCCUUUGAGCAAGGCAGCAGUCCAUGACACCCUGAAGGAAAACUACAGCUUCAACUGACCCACACUAAUAUUUUGCACUUUAUAAAACAACUGAACCACAACUUUGUCAAAUUCUGCAAUAGACUUUUACAUUAUGGCUUUAUUCCCUUUUAUUGA